CCCGUCUCAGCCUAUAAAACUGCAAAUCCAUCGAAAUCCCAAAAUUUAGGGUUUCCAUGUCCAAUACAAGGGCUUCAUUUAUGAAGAUUUAGCAAAAAAGAGUUGAAAUUGGUUAUGGAUUUGGGAAGUGAAUCUGUGGAAGAAAAUGAAGUGAAUCAUGAUGGAAAUGAAAACGGGACUAAGGAUGGUGAUUCUAUUGGUGAUGAGAAAUUUGGGUUAGGCUUCGAUGGAAAUCAGGAUCAAAAGGGAACGGUUGAUGAAGUAAGUAGUGAGGAAGCUGUGAAUUCCAAAGGAACACCAAAAAAGGGGUUUGGGUUGAAGAAAUGGAAGAGAAUCAGGAGGAAUGUUGUUAAAGAUCCAAAUUCGAGUGUUGAUGAUUCAGGAAAGAUAUUAAAGCGAGGGCUGUCUGGCACUGGCAAUGGAAAUUUGAGUGAAAACCAACCUUUUCCGCGUGGUGUUAAGGAAAAAAGUGAUGGAUCUUUGAAUAUGUUUGGGAAUUCAGUGUUUUCUGAUGGCUAUGCUGUCCCUGGUUCCAGUUCGGAUUCCAGAUAUGCACUUGGAUCUGGUUUUGUUGUUGGGACUGAUUCUGAGAAUAGCGAGGAUCGGAGUAGCAAGUCUUCUACAGCAGCUAGUGAGCCGAAGUUAAGGCAUGAGAAAAGUCGUAGUAAGAAUAUGAGUUCGAAGAAUUUAGCUAACUCGGCUCAAUGGGUUCAACAGGGAAAGGGACGGAUUGAAAGCAGUAAGAAACCUGGAGGAGGUGGCAGAGUUAAAGUUGAGAAGGAAAAUUCUCUUUCUAGUAUAGAAUCUGAUUCAAGAAGCUCCAACUUUAAGCAAGGUAUCUAUGCAGUUACUAGUAAUGGAGAACAUAGUGGUAGGCCAAAUGUUUACAGUGGAGGCAAAAGUGGUGAAGCUAACACUAGCAUACAUUUCACUGAGGGAGUUCAAGCCGGUUAUGGCAAUGAAAACAUUGGUGAAGAUGAAGAUCUUCUACCAGAGAAUUUAGCUACAAAAUUGCCUUGGGAUGUUCAAGAAGAAAAAAGUGAGAACAACCAAUAUUCGACCAUUGAAGAUCCUUUAGUUGAGUGUAUUAGUAGCCUUCAGGCUAUCCAGGAGGCACUUGAAGAAGAAGUCCAGAAAUUCAGGGAGAUUGGGAUUGAAGUUGUCUCACUAGAUGAUAACUCAUGUAGCACUGCAUCUGCUGGUAUCAAUGCUGUUGAUCUUGGACUUAAUAUGUCAUGUUUGUCAGGUCAGUCUGGUGAGGAAGAAUUUAAACAAACUGCUUCAAGUUCCUUGGAACUUCAGGUGUUGAGCUUGACACGAAGUGUAAAUAUUUUGGAAAGCAAGCUGGAGGAAUUACAGGGUAUACAUACUCUGAAGGAUUCCAGGAUUGCUGAGCUUGAAACAGCCCUGAGUAGUGGUAAGUUUCCUAAGGAAGAAUCUGCUAGCACCAUAGAUGGUUCAUUGGAGGAAAAAUGUAAAGAGGUAGAAUCUGAGCUUGAGGGCUUUUUUAGGCAAAAAAUUGAAGCUGAGAUUGAAUGCCUAGCCAUCACAAAGGUGAUGCAGAACUUGAAGGUUGGGGCAGGUUUUCAACUUACAUUAUUGGAAGAACAAGAAAAACUGUCCGAAAAUCAAGCGCAGGUUCUCGACAAGCUCGUAGAGGCAGAGAGUAAGGCUUCAGUGCUGAAGGACAAAGCAGAAGAGUUGGAAAAAUAUUGUGGUGAUAGUUUAGUAGUUGAGGAGUCUUUUGUGCUGCAGAAGAGAGUAUUUAAGGUGACAUUUUGUCUUUUCGUACAAUUCAUGUUGUUAAUCUUGUUCUUUUGGCUUUUUGUGUCCCAGUUAUCACUCAAUUCUGGGGUGGUUGUACCCACAUAAGUCUGCAAAAUUAGGUUCAUUUUGUCUCUUUUCUGAUAUUUGAAUGUAAAAUUUAUUUGUUAUAUAAACUGACCCUUCUGUCUCUGGGUAGGGGGAGAAUGUGUAUUUGCUCUCCUUGUUUUAAUAUCAUUUUUGAGAUAGUUAGCCUGUUUUAAAAUACUCGGUGGGCUAGAUAUAAUUGAAGUGUUUAGGGUUGUCUGUUGACUAAAUUUAGGGUUCAUUC